GUCGGUCGAAACCAGUCGAUAGGGAAGGAAGUGUGCGCGCGCGCUCACGCUCUAUUUUUUUUACGCGGCUCGCCGGCCGUUCUCGUUGUUUUGCGACUGCCAUUCGAGUUUUCAUCCGCCGGAGCGGCCCGGGAAGAGGGACUUUUCUUUCUCUCCGGCGAGAUGGCCAAUUCGGCGCGGUUUUCCGGCUUGUUUGCGUUGUGUUUGGUUAGUGUUGUGAUUGCGAAAAAUGUGGAUAAUUCGAGGGCGAAGAGAGCGGCCAGCGACGGCAGUUGCGAUCACGUUGGACAGUUUUUCAGUUUGAAAAAUAUUUCGAUUGCCGCCGAUGCUUCUGUUAAAGGUUCGAUAUGCGGGGGCCGGUGCUGCGACGACGCGACGGAGACGCUGCUCAGGAAGCAGGGCCAGAGAGACUUCGCCGCCCUCCUGCGGCACAAUUCGCGCUCGCUGCAAGGAUUGCUCGCUAACACGGCGGCGACUUUGCAAAAUCACGUGACCGAACUGGCUCACCAAUCGGAGAACAAAACGUUAUCGCUCUUCCUGCAAGUGUACAGAGGAAUGGCCAGUUUAUCCCAAGAACCGAUCGAGUUUCUAUACAGAGACAUCCGGAAUUACAUAACAAUAAAUUCGACCGACGCCAAACCGCUAAUGACGCCCGAGGACAUCGAAAACAGCGUCAAUUUCUUCUUCACCGAGCUCUUCCCGCUGGCGUACCACCAUUCGGCCGACAUCGCCGAUAAGGAUUUCACUCUAAACUACAAGCUCUGCCUGAAGAAAUCGAUGGAGAGCAUAUCGCCCUUCGGUGAGGUCCCCAAGCAGAUCGCCCAGUCGCUGUCGAAGAGCCUCGAAACGACCAGGCUGCUGCUGCAGGCCUUCCGGAUAGGCGCGGAGGUUCUCAACACCACCGAUAGUCUGCUCAUCGACGAGCACUCCUCCGACAACUCGGAAUGCCACGGCGCCCUGCUGAAGAUGAUCUACUGCCCCAAGUGCUUGGGGUUGUACAAGCACGCCAAGCCGUGCAGCGGGUACUGCCUGAACGUGCUGAGGGGCUGCAUAGCCAAGUACGUGGCCGAAUUGGACCUGCCUUGGAACGGGUACGUGGAGGGCAUCGAGAGCCUGGUGAACGCCAUGAAGAAGAGCACCAACGACGCGGACAUCAACGUGGACGCGGCGAUCAGGAAUUUGGACAACAAAAUCUCCACGGGCAUCAUGCGGUACAUGGAAAAGGGGAAGGACAUCGACGUGAGGGUGAAGAAAAUCUGCGGUACGCCGGAAUUUUCGCGGAAAGAGAACCCCCUGCUAAUAGACAGCAGCACGCCGCUGUCGAUACCGGCGAAACCGAGGAGCACGAAACCGAGGAUAUUUUCGCCGCUGCCGGAGAACGAGCUGAGCCAAUUUUUGGCGGCCAUCGGGAAAACGAGAGGCUUCUACGCCAAUUUGGCCAACACCCUUUGCCAGGACGAGUCCUUCGCGGAGAGAAAGGACCAGCAGUGCUGGAACGGCGAAAGGGUUGCCGAAUACACGAAAACCGUGGUGGACGUCGGUUUCGAUAUGCAGAAAUACAAUCCGGAGGUGAAACCGAGCACAAACAUACAAAGCAUCGAUCCGAGAGUGGCUAAUUUGGUCGACAAACUACGGCGAGUACAUCACAUGGCCGUCAGCUCGUUAGGGCCCAAUUACUCAUCCGCUGUGGACGCAGAUUACAUGCAAAGGGACGGCACAGAAGGCUCGGGGUCCGGGAGCGGUCCGGACAUAGAAGAGGACGAGGACAUGCCGAGGGGAUCGGGCUCCGGAGACGGCCCCAACGUGCACGAAGACGACGGGGAAUCGCGCUCGGGAAUGCCGGAUUCGCAGCCGCCCAAAUACGACCCGCCGCCGAUCGUGACGAGAGUCGGAGGCGGCGGCGGCAGGUGCUCGGCCUCCUUGGUGGUUUUAGUGAUUUCGCUCGUUAUUUCGCGGAUUUACGUCGACAGGAGACUUUGCAUGUAAACGAAAAUCACGAAUAAAGACUCGAGAGUGCGAGAAAGUCGAUCGAGACGAUGAGGAACAAAUGAUUUAUUCGAUGUUGACGAUGCGAGGAGUUGCUUAAGAGACACGUUGUGUGGUAGUUGAAGCAUUUCGGUUUUUUUUUAUAUGGGUGGAUUAUCUAAAUUUAGUGUUACUUCGUAGGUAUAGUGCCUGUCAAAAAGUCUGGAUGUGUGAUACCUGGUACUCUGGAAUCAUUGCAAUCGUUUUCUCUAUUCACUAGUCAAAAAAUCUUUAUUAAUUCGAUCAAAUUAUUAAAUACUAUUCCGUUUGGUCUCAAAUUCGUGGCAGUUUGGCAGUCACUGUGUGCUUAGUGUAACGAAGUAUUUGGAAUCUACUUAAAAAAAUGUGCUAUGUUCAUUCAUAAACCACGUAGAGCAAUAAAGCAAAAGUUAUUCAACAGUUGAUGAUUCACCUGAUUGCUCUACGAUGUUUGCGAAUGUACUAUUUUUCCGAUUGCUUCGAUCGGAAUGUAGGAAAAUCGCUUCGAAAAUUUCGAACGAUAAUGUGAAAAAUGAUCCUUGUAUAUAAAUCAAUUUGUUGAAAUGUCAACCGAGACUGUUUUUUCUAAAAUUAGUUUGACGGAAUUUAAUCAGAUUUUAUUGAUUCUAAUAGAAAACAAUAAAUACCAAACUAUAGUAUUAAACGUAAAAAUUAUUUUUUGAUUGUUUCGAAAUUUUUUUAAUAGGACGAUUAACGAAUGCGAGGAUGGUGUAUGUGUGUAGAUAGACGCCUAGAAUUAUAUAUAAUUAUAAUUGUAACUUUUUUAAAUUAUUUUGAGAAUUGUCUGUGAUUGAUCUAUUUUUAUUAUUUAAUUAAUAGAAAAUUAGGUACCCCAAAUUUUUCUAAUCCUUUUUAUAGGUUUACUCUAUUAUAUUAUUUUCACUGACAAGGUUUCAUAAACGACUGUCUUUAAGAUGCAAAUUAAUUGUCUCUUAAUUUCUUGACUACUUAUUAAUUACAUUUUAUAAAAAUGUAUGAUAAAAAUGUUAAAUGUAAUAUUACUAUUUAUUAUUGUUAGAAACCAGUGAAACUCCCCCCAAAAACACCUGGUUUUAUAAAAUUACAUUGUAAUUAUCUUUUAUUAGAGUGAUUUCAUGAAUAGUUUAGUUUUCUAAUUAGAACCUACUUAUUUUUAAAAUUGGCUACUUAAAAAAUCUAGUUAAUUACUGUAAACUCUAUAAAAAUAUUUCUGUGGAAAUUUAAUAAAAAAUUGUAUAAUUUAUAUCUAAAUAACUACUUAAAUUAUUUGUAAAUCGCUCUGAUAAAAACACUUUUGUAUAAAACUAUGAAAUGUUUGUGGAACCUUUAAAGCAACAUAUUUCCAAUUUAAAGAAAAUCUUGGCGCUUCUCAAAUCUGAAUUGAAAGCGUCAACGAUACGUCCCUGCUCCGUUAGUGUACAGUUUUAAACAAAUUGUCAUAAAUAACAUAGAAAAAUAGUUAUAAAAAAAUCACUAUUUAAGAUGUACCAAGCCCGAUGGCGAAGCGUUUCCCUCAAAGUGGACCUUUAGGAAUUUCAAAAAUUCGCACCGACGCUCCGCCGUUCGGCUUCCUCUAAAUUAAAAUUGUUAUAUCUGAUAAAUCAGUGUACGACUUGUAGAUAGCAGCCAUAUUUAUUUAAUAAGUCUACUCGUAAUUUUAGUUAUUUUUUUACGUAUCGCGUACGAAUUUCGCAAAAUCGCGUAGCUUCUGCCAGAUAUUUUUUUUUAUUUGUUUGUACAAGUCGACGCGAGUUUCUUUAAUUCGAGUAUGCGAAUUCGAAACCCAGUGGUUUUAUGGAAGGCAUACAUUGUUGCAAAAAUGUUUUAUUUUUUUUUAAUAUUAAACGUUGGUGCCUAUUAUUUUAGUAGGCAUCAUUAUCUUCUCGAAAUACUCGAAUUAUUGAAAUUCACAUCGACUUGCACAACUUUAUACGACAACUGCAUAUCAUAGUAAGCAAUAAAUAAAUUAACAUACCGCAUAAAAAAAUGCCCACUAACAAAAAAUACAAAAAAAAAGAUAUUCGGGAUCAUGUCGUAAAAAACAAGUUGUCCAAUUAACUAGUCCUUUAGCUUUGUAAUUUUGAUUUAAUCUAAAAAAUGUCUAUGUUUAUUUCCCUAUUUUUUGUGUACUACACUGUUUUGGUAGUUAUAAAUUGAAUAUAGUUGCCUUUUUAAA